GGCAAACGUACAACGACUUUAGCACAUUGUGUGUGUUUUUUUAUUAUUAUUAUUUUUCUUAAAUAAAAACAAAUCAUGAAUUCUUUCAUAUUAAACAUACAAUAUAUAAAAUAGAAUAUAAAAAUAAAAAUAAAAUACGAACCAAAAUAAAAUCUAAAAAAAACAAACAUAAGUUUAUUGCAAAAUCAGAAAUAUAUUGUGAAAUUUGGGACAAAUUUUAUCUUCCGUUAAAAUAAAAAACAAGAAAUACAAACAAAAUCGUGAAAAUAAACAUAAAAGUGCGUUUCCAAUAAAAGUAAAAAAAGAGGAAAGAAACCAUUUAAAUUUAAACCAAACAAAUUUCCCCACUAUCCUCUACUCCUACAUCAAAUGCAAUAAAAAAACACAAAAAACAGAAACUUCUGCAUCCGCUACAUAAAAAAGAAACUAUUCGAAAUGGCCAUACUUCUAGUGCACUUGCGACGUUUAAUACUUUUAAUCAGCAUCGUUUAUUUGAGUGGCGCCUUCGUGAGGAAAUUGCUGACCGAUUCGCGUCACGCCUACCUGCUGCACAUGAAUGGCAAAACGUUGUGGGCGAAACAUUUGCAUUUCCAGUGGUGGGCCUACAUUUACACAUGUUAUGCGUAUGUCGUGCUGGUGAAUUAUGUGAACAUGAGGCGCUUUACAAAUAUGUUGGAGGUUUUUCUCACUUGAGAUUUGGAAAAAACAUAAAAAAGUAUUGUACUUAAAUCUAUGAUGCACCUUUUAUUAUUUUUGUUUGUUUAUGAUAUGAUAUUCUUUCCAUAGUGACAACAUAAUCACUGUAAUAAAAAAUAUGUUGUGAGAUAUUUUUAUAAUAAAAUGGAAAUUAAUCAUAAAACUUAAGAAAACAA